AUGGAUGAGGACAGAGAAAUCAGAGAUGAAAACGAUAUCUCAUUAUUGAAUACUAAAUACUUUACAGAAAAAACUUGCGAUUUAUUAAACUUGAAAUAUAGUCGUGAAGUCAAUACAUCUAUGUUUACAACAAAUACUAGUUUAGAUGAAUUGCCUCAUUAUAUUGUCAGUCAUGACAUUAAUUUUGAUUCAAAGACAUUAAGAUCUCUUUUAACGAGAACUGACAUUAAAGAUGUUGAGACAGUAUUUUAUGAACUAUUGAUGAUAUUAAAGAAACCACACAAACAAAACAAAGUGACAUCUUUUAUGUUCCCAAUGAUUGCUAAGUGUUUGAGUGGAUAUGUAGUCGGACAACAAAAAGACAUUCCGAUUACGGUUUGGACACAAAACGGGCCGCAUAUUAUUGGCAACCGACCCGACUAUUCGCUGAUUAAGAGAAACAAAGUCCUAUUAAAUAUUAAAUUAAAAAGUGUAGACAAAACUGAAUCAAUGGAUAAUUCAAAAUUGCAAUUAUUUUGUCAAUGCAUUGGAUCCGCACAACACAAUUGGCGCCAAAUUAAUGACAAAUUAUUAUUUAAUAAACUUUUUGGCACUCAAUUAGGACUUCUUGUCAUUUCAAACACUUUUCAUUUUUUUGUUCUUCAGAUUACCGAUCAAUACAUUGAAGAGUUGACAACUGGUCCGACACUCAGUCAACAGAUUUCUUAUAAUUGUUAUGACAAUAAUGGACACGGAUUUGACUUUUUUCUAUAUAAAGACAGAAUGAAAGUGUUGUCGGCGUUGUCUGCCAUUCAAUCACAUCAUCGAAACUGUUCUCUCACUACAAAUCACUAACUAUUCCGACAAUUAGUCUUCGAGACAAUUUCGAGUCAAAACAUGUUUUCUCCCAUUUAUUCUCCCGAUUGGCGAAACACUUGGUUAUCGAGUCGUAUCACACAUUUGAGUCCCAUUUGUUCAAUGAAUCCAAAUGUCGUUGAUUUGGAUUUCUCUCACGAUCUCAAAGAGUGUGAUCUUAACGACCAACCGAUGGUCAGUCAAAGUGAAGACUCCUUUUCCAAUAUGACGUGUGAUAUGUUAUCAAUUGAAUCUCAUGUCUUUACCGGAGAUGAAUCACCCAAUCAGUGUCCACAACAACAACAACAACGUAAUGAUAAUUAUAAGAAUAAUGUUUUGAAUCAAUUGAAUGGUUGUCAACCAAAUCAAAGGUUUCAAACAUAUUUUACCAAAACAUCGACGCCGUCACAGAAAUUGUGACAAUUGUUUUGUCAUUAUUUUAAUUAAUUAUUUCUAUUAUUACUAAA